AAUUAAUUAAUGUAUAUAAUGGAAGCUGUCUUCUAGGGUUGAUUCUCCACUUCCCUAUCGAAACUGCACUGCCGUCGUCUUUCUCUUAUCUUUUGAACUAAAUCAUGGACCAGAGCAAGCUGAAGAGAUGCUCCGCAUCCGCAUCAUCAUCCUCCCAUGCUGAAGCAGCUGCUGAGGCUACAGAUCCUUUGCAAAAGGCAGAAAGAGAGUUGGAGACAGAAGUUGAUAGUCGGAAGAGGCAGAAGCAGGAGGAGGAAGAAACCGCAGAGAAGAAGAAACGGUGUUGUUUUGGCACUAAAGAUGCAAAGGGAAACGAUGAGCGUACCAUUUUCGUCUCGGGUUUUGAUAAUAGCGGUUCUAGGGAUGAGAUCAGGAGCGCAUUGGCUAAACAUUUUAGUUCGUGUGGAGAGUUGACAAGGGUGUUUGUUCACAUCGAGUGUAAAACUGGUGUUUCCAGAGGAUAUGCUUUUAUUAAUCUGAAACAACGUGGUGGUGGUGAGGAGCUUGAGGCGGCGUUAACUCUCAAUGGAAGCGACUUGGGUGGUCGGAAGCUUCUCGUUACAAUGGCUAAAAGUAGAGACGAAUACUAUGGUCACUUUAACUAUACAGGCUGUGAAAUUUGUCGUGCUAUGUUUAAAGACGCCCGUCGGAGACUGUACAAAUGGAAAAGGGAAACUGGUGAUGGCAAAUUCAUUACAUACUCUCCAGAAGUUGAAGAAAAGUUUCGUCUUUAUAAGAAAGAAUUAAUGGCGUCUCCCGAGUUUCGGACGUCUCGCAAGAUGGAGAAGUCUUUAAAAAAAAAAAAAAAGAUGGAGAAGUCUAAAACCAAGAUGGAGAAGUCUAAAACCAAAGACGGCUAAUAUCUCGACUAGCUCCAUCAACUGCUUUUUGUUUAAUAUUAUCUCUAUGUGCUAUUUAAUUUAAAAAAAAAAAAACAUAUAUUAUGCUAUUUUGGCUGCAUUGUUUAUGCUUCAAAUCAGACUAUGAACUUUUCUUUUAUAAAGCAAAUGUUAUUUA